AUGAGUGACAACGAAAGUAGUCAUGAGUUUUUGUCUCUUCUAAAUCAAAUAACAAAUGACGGGAUGGAUAGGAGUUUAUAUGAAAAGAUAGCAUGUGAGUUUACAAACUUCAAAAACAUUCCAUCCUCUUAUCUUUUGAGUCUUUUGAAACAUUUUGUGAGAUUCGAAGAUGAGCCUUUAUAUGUUAAUGAAAUUAGAAACUAUCUUAAAGAGAACGACCAUGAGCUAUUUAUAGAGUAUGGGAAUAAGUUUAAAAACUGUAAAGGUUGUUUUGAGGUAUUUGGUAUUCAACCUGAGAACCUCAAAGAAUACGAUUUUGUCAAAGUAGAAAGAGAAAAGAAAGAAUGCAAUGAGAAGGUGUAUAGCAAUCUUAAAGAUAGAAGAAAUGGGGAUAGAAAAAUAAAGAAACAGGCGAAAUUACUUGCUGCCGAAAAGAUAUAA